AAAAAACAUAAUUUAAUUUGUCUAGUAAUAUGGAGGGGGUGGUGGAGACAUGUAGUAGUAAGGAGGUGGUGGUGAUGGUGGAGGAGGAGGUGGUGGUGGGGAUUUAUAUACAUAGGGAGGAGGUGGCGGUGGAGGUGGUGGUGGUGGAGAAUUAUAAACAUAAGGUGGAGGUGGAGAUGGUGAUGGAGGUGGUGGGGAUUUGUAGACAUAAGGUGGGGGUGGGGAAGGUGAUGGUGGAGGUGGUGACUUGUAGAUGUAUGGUGGUGGUGGAGAUGGUGAUGGGGGUGGUGGGGACAUGUAGACAUAUGGAGGAGGUGGAGAUGGUGAUGGGGGUGGAGGAGACUUAUAAAUGUAUGGGGGAGGAGGAGAUGAAGAUGGGGGAGGUGGAGACUUGUACAUAUAAGGGGGAGGAGGUGAAGGUGAUGGAGGUGGUGGGGACUUGUAGAUGUAUGGUGGGGGAGGUGAUGGUGAUGGAGGUGGAGGUGGCGGGGACUUGUAAACAUAUGGUGGAGGUGGGGAGGGUGAUGGUGGAGGUGGUGACUUGUAGAUGUAUGGUGGUGGAGGUGAAGGUGAUGGAGGUGGUGGGGACUUAUAGACAUAGGGAGGGGGUGGUGAAGGAGAAGGUGGAGGAGGAGACUUAUAAAUGUAUGGAGGAGGGGGUGAGGGAGAUGGGGGAGGUGGAGACUUAUAGAUGUAAGGGGGAGGAGGUGAAGGUGAUGGAGGUGGUGGGGAUUUGUAAACAUAUGGUGGAGGUGGGGAAGGUGAUGGUGGAGGUGGUGACUUAUAGAUGUAUGGGGGUGGUGGAGAUGGUGAUGGGGGAGGUGGAGGUGGAGAUUUGUAAACAUAAGGUGGAGGUGGAGAUGGUGAUGGAGGUGGUGGGGACUUGUAGACAUAAGGUGGAGGUGGGGAAGGUGAUGGUGGGGGUGGUGACUUAUAGAUGUAUGGUGGUGGUGGGGAUGGUGAUGGGGGUGGUGGGGACUUGUAGACAUAUGGUGGAGGUGGUGAUGGAGAUGGUGGAGGAGGAGACUUGUAAAUGUAAGGGGGAGGGGGUGAUGGUGAUGGGGGAGGUGGAGAUUUGUAAACAUAUGGUGGAGGUGGGGAAGGUGAUGGUGGGGGUGGUGACUUAUAGAUGUAUGGUGGUGGUGGGGAUGGUGAUGGGGGUGGUGGGGAAUUGUAGACAUAAGGUGGAGGGGGUGAUGGAGAUGGGGGAGGUGGAGACUUGUAGAUGUAAGGGGGAGGAGGUGGUGAUGGAGAUGGUGGAGGAGGAGACUUGUAAAUGUAAGGGGGAGGGGGUGAUGGUGAUGGGGGAGGUGGAGGUGGAGAUUUGUAAACAUAAGGUGGAGGUGGAGGGGGUGAUGGAGAUGGGGGAGGUGGAGACUUGUAGAUGUAAGGGGGAGGAGGUGAAGGUGAUGGAGGUGGUGGGGAUUUGUAAAUAUAUGGUGGAGGUGGGGAAGGUGCUGGUGGUGGUGGAGAUCUGUAGUAAUAUUCAGGAGAAUAAUAAGGUAAUAUUGGUGGUCGCGGUGAUGAAUAUUCGUAAAGGUCGUCUUUAUCAGCACCUACUUGAGCAGCUAGCAAGCAUAGUGCCAAGGCACACACUAGUUGAGGCCAAAUGUUGGCCAUGUUUGGAGAAAUUGGCUACUCUUCAAUUCCCAGAACUGUGGUUUGGAGAUGGGAAUCAAUGCAAAGUUUCCAGCUUUUAUAGCAUUGGCCUCAACUACUACACAUUUUUUUAUUGUUUGAUGUUUUCAACUAAUUCUAACAAACCAAAUGUUAAUCCCAUGUACUAA